AUAAUUCUGGACCGUUGCAGCGCAUGGGCUUUCAACGCUUUCACUCUGGAAACCGUGGCCGGUGGCCGAUCACUGCCUGUACUUUGCGUACAUCUUUUCCACUGGUACGGUUUACUGGAUCACUUCCAGUUGGAUGUGGUGUGCGUCUGGAAAUUAUUUACUCUUAUAGAGGAGGGAUACCACAACACGAAUCCCUAUCACAAUUCGAUUCAUGCGACUGAUGUAACUCAAGCAAUGCACUGUUUUCUUCAGGAAGAAAAGAUAAGGCGGCACUUGACUCCACUCGAAAUAAUGGCGUCGCUUAUUGGUGCUGUCGCCCACGAUCUCGAUCAUCCUGGAGUGAACCAACAUUUUCUCAUCACCACCUCGAAUCAUCUCGCCAUUCUGUAUCAGAAUAUGUCGGUAUUAGAAAAUCAUCACUGGAGAUCGGCCGUAGGUUGUCUCUUGGAGAGUGGAGUAGCAGGUCAACUCCAUCCUUACAGAGAUGAGCUGGAGCAGCAAAUAAGGGAUCUCAUCUUAGCCACUGAUAUCAACAGGCAACAGGAAUUCCUCUCCAAGUUUCGAAAACACAUCAACGAGAACACGUUGGAUCUUCGCCUGCCUGAGAAUCGUCAGUUCAUUUUGCAGAUCGCUUUGAAAUGUGCGGACAUAUCGAACCCGACAAGGCCCUGGGACAUAUCACAUAAGUGGUCCAUCAAGGUGUGCGAUGAAUUCUUCAGACAGGGCGAAUUCGAAAGGGAAUUGGGGUUGCCUGUCACCUCCAUAUGCGAUCAACAGACUACAUCUGUGGCGAAAAUUCAAGUUGGGUUUUUCCGUUUUGUCGUCAUGCCGCUCUUCUCCGAAUGGCACAGAUUUAUGCGCAGCGCCCUUUCUACGCACAUGAUGGAGAUGCUCGACUCCAACCGCAGGCGGUGGGAAGAGCAAGAGUGUGCAGAACAGGCCGAAGAAACUCAAACCGAACUGUCCGAUGCCGAGCCGGAAGUCAGCGAUGAGGAGGAGGCGACGAAAAGGUCUUCGGAUAGCACCAGCAUUCAUGAUUUCAUCCCGCCACCUCCAGUCAGUGAGCCGCGAAGACAAUCACUCGCCGUGCCAACUCCGGAGUCUUUAGGUAUCAGGCGACACUCCGUUCCAGUUCAUAUGGAAAUCCCUCACCAGACUGGAGGUUCACCGCAACGACACCAAGCGGCGCUUCCACGCACUAUUUACCGAAGGGAAAGUUUACCAAGUACUGCCACCAUCAGGGUUACACAGGGCAGAUCGCCGGUAUCACCUCAAACCGAAUCUAGGGCUUCCAGUGGACUUAGAGAAGAGGACGAGUUGUUGCAGUAUGGAUCGCAAUCUUCAGUUAUAAGCAGCGGCAGCCCGUACCAUUCUUCAGAGGAAAAUCCAGAACGUCCGUUAAGCGCCGAGAAUCUCUUGCCAGAACCUUCGAUAGCUUCCAUGUCAAGCAGUAGCGCCAUCCGGCAUCUCACGUCGGUUUUACAAAGUGCCGCCGAUAGAGCAACGCAGGCAACAUCCGGCUCUAACACUAAGUGUCUCACGAGGCAACAAACGUUCCCUCCACCGCAACCCUACAUGAGGGUGCGGUAUAUGAGCGCUACUGUGGAAAUGUCGACUUGCCCGGAAACUUCCCACGAAGGCGACAGUAGGACCAGCUCAUCUCACAGUUCGCACGAAAACAUAUCACGCAGUGAAAAUGCAAAGAAGCAACUGAUUCAUUCGGUUCACCCACCAAAUCAGCAGUCCGCAAACUACACUAUUCCAGCUAUUGCAGUGUUGAGUCCUAAUAACAGCAGACCCCCUGAUCUGCUCCUGUCUACUGACUCUAAAACUCACUGCAUUAGCAAUAAGAGGGAGACGGACUCGUCUGGCGGCGAAAAAGAAAAGGAAAAACGAGUGAAAUUGUCUGAAAGUAGCGGUCCAUUUUGCGAAAAGGAAAAUUUGGACCCGAGCAAACUGCAGACUGCGUCCAUGCCGCGCAGAGGUUCCGCCCCAGUAUCUCUAGUUUUAUCCAAGCCGGAUGAAUUUGUGUCCUCUGCAGGCGGAGGACUCACUCUAUCCGACGUGCAAUCAUUGCGCAGGGGCUCAGUGCCAGUUGAAAUUUCCCAUCAUUUUCGGAGUUUCGACGAAGAUAAUGGAAAUGAUCAACCAUCACCUCACAUCAUCAACAUCACCCCCGUCGAACCGAAUCGCACGUUCUGGUUGUACCAGAGACGGGGUUCUGCUCCAGUUGAUUUGCCUCCAAGUGGAGUUUCGAAUCGGUUCGAGUUAACUCGGCAUACUAGUCUUAAUGGAAAGGCGUGCCGUGGUCGCGGUAAGAAACCGUUGCGCAGGCGCAGCAGUGGCGGCCCGGAAACCGUUAGUGGUGGGGGCAAUGGCAGUGAUGUGGGGGGCGGCGGWUCCGAUGUGCUGGCCAGAUUUUGCGCACAAUUGCACAGACGAACCACGCCUGGUCAGAGUCCAGACGCGCUGCUGGCACGGCGCCGAGGMUCCUUGCCGCUAGAGGUCCUUACAGUUGGUCACUCAGUAUUUUGACGGUUACCAAUGCGCCAUUAGGGCCGUCCACGAUCGCAAUAAGGACCAACCCACCAUCACAAAAUAAGAAAUAUACCCAGACGACUGACAUCUUCAAACCCGUUUUUCACCUGUUUAGCUCAUUAGAUUUAAGGAUCAUUAAUCGUAUAUUCGUAAAUUAUUUAUAAGAAACUAUGGAACAAGCCAAAUAUUUUGAAAUAUUCAUUACUAAAUGUGUAUUCAGACGUCGUUUUUGUUUUGGCCAGGAGAAAAGUGAAAAUAAUCGUUGCCGGAGCAAACUUCUUUUACAGUCGUUUUCGCUCCUUUUAUCACAUCAAAUCCAUUCGUUAUACGAUAGGUUUUUCUCCUAUGCCAUUCAUAAAAAAAUUCGCUUAGGUCUUUAACGUAUUAAAAACGAGUGCAAUGAGUGUCAGUACAUUUAUAUAGAAUGUAACCUCUUCGGAAAUAAUCAACGUAGAUUUUAAGAUCAACUAUCGAGUUAAGUUUAUUUAUUUCAUAAUUUUGCAUACUUCGUUUGAUUAGUGUGUGCGUGGACAUAUUUUUUACUGUUUUCGGCGUGUAUUAUUACAUACAUAAUGGCUUAAGUACCUCUGUUAUUGGUGAGUAUCUCAACUGGUGAAAUAAAUUAAUUGCCAAAACUUAAAUAUCUAUGCCACAUUGCUAUCAAACAACGUCCAACUAAUGCUGCAUAAUUAACUAUUUUCAAAUAAGGGCAGAACUCUUAUUAAAAUACGUAAAUUGUAUUCUUCAGAAAAAUUUUGCCAGAAUAUCGUAUAGAUAUGAUAUCUGUUGCAGUAAGUCAGGCAUUAAUUUAUUUUGCCAGUGUAAAACCUGCCAUCUUCGUUUUUAGAAAAGAAAACUAAUGUAAACAGAAUCUAAGAAAACAAAACAUUGUGCGGUAUGGCUUACAACUUCUUGAACAAAUACCAUGUAAACACUCAGCUCUAAUGCCAGAGGCAGAAUACAAUUGAUUCUGUUAUUUGUUAAUUCAGCAGUUUCAAACAAUAAAAAAAAUCAAGAUGGCAGUUUCGUGCAAUAUCAUUUCCUAGUGUAUAUCGGAAAACCAAAAAUUCGACUCACUUAUAUUGUUUUUAUUACCGGUAGACUUAAGUAGAAUAUAAUAACCAUUGUGAAUUUUUCCCAGAAAAUGUUAUUAAGUAAAUGACUGUUCAAUGUGAUUGACUUUCCCGUAUCGUUUUCGUGAUUGUACGUGUAGGAUAUGUGUAAUGUAGCUGGAGUAGCAGAACAUGUUUACCGAUCGACUGCUUGCAAAGUGAAAAUAGUCAAUAUAAAUUGUAAUAUUACUUUUUAUUUUGCGAGGUAAUUACUUUCAUAGAUAGACCAGUUCAAAAGAUAAAAGUAAAUGAAAUCAAAUCAAUCUUUUUUCAAAAUAAAUAUGAUUUCUCAUACUUAUAUAACUGAUAAGAAGAAAUGUCAGCAUCCACAACUAAUAGAGAUUAUGAUGGCACAAAUAAAACGAGACGAAUCAAAACACUUUGCAAAGUCGAUCCCUUGAAAGCGAAAACAUGAUACGCUCUUAAAAGGUUUAUCAUUGUAACACCCCAAUAAAUACACAAAAAAAUAAUCUAGAAAUAGGCCACAUCUCUUAGGAAAUAAUUGGUAUCACGUUUUGACACAAAGACUUGAAAAAUUGCCAUUGGAUAGAAAAGAAAAUGAAUGAACCAUUUAUUUCGCAUACAAUGUCAUCGUGUCAAAACAAUUAGGUUUUUAAUAUAUCCACAAUAUGUUUGUCACCAAAAACUUUUUCUCUAGGACCACUUACUUCAAGUUCAGGGAAUGUUCCUAAAAUGUUCCCUAAUGAUCUUUGCAUAGCUCUUACCUUAAACAACAGCACAUUUUGUCAUUGUAAUUCAUUGUCACAUUUUUGAAAUAGAAAAUACAAAUGCGGGAACAAAUGUGGAACAUUGGCCCUAAACAGAAAAAACUACGAACAGGGUUUCAAAAAAAUGUAACAAAAAUAUAUGCUUAAAUGAAAUAAGACUGGUAGAAGAAUGACAGUAGAGAAGUGAAUAGAUGUGAGCCAACAUAAGUUUUUGGUCAAAAUAAUCGUUACGCUUAAAGUUCAAUCUACGGACUACUCAUCUUUGAAAAUUGAUUGAAGAAUAAAAAUUCAUGUUUUUAUGAGAAA